ACUCUAAUCCUGGACCCGGCUAUUGAGGCCAUCAAACAGGAUAACCCUGUCUUUGACGACGGCUACCAGAAAGACGUGUACAUCAAAUGGGACUCAAGUGUACCCAAGAAGGACAGAGCCCCUGUAUGGUGGACUCUAAUCCUGGACCCGGCUAUUGAGGCCAUCAAACAGGAUAACCCUGUCUUUGACGACGGCUACCAGAAAGACGUGUACAUCAAAUGGGACUCAAGUGUACCCAAGAAGGACAGGUAUAACCCGCCGGACGUGCCAGCCAUACACGCGGCCACCGGUAAAAGGGGUUUCGCGGUGAGCCGGUCCACUUAUGUCUCGUCGGGCAGGUAUGGCACCCAUUGGUUGGGCGAUAAUUCCAGUGAAUGGCCGCACAUGAAGUACUCGAUUAUAGGAAUUUUGGAAUUCAAUUUGUUUGGCAUUAGUUUUGUGGGGCCAGACAUCUGUGGUUUCGGAGGCAACACAACCCCUGAACUGUGCAAACGGUGGCACCAAUUGGGAGCUUUUUACCCGUUUUCCCGGAACCACAACUGCAUCGGUAACAUAGAUCAGGACCCGGCUGUUUGGGCACUCAAUGGUCACCCGGAGGUCACCGAAGCGGCCGUUAAUUCACUGAAACUGCGAUACAAACUAUUGCCGUAUUUUUAUACAUUGUUUUUCAGAGCCCAUAGUAAGGGUCAGACUGUCGCCCGACCCCUCUUUCACGAGUUCCCCACCGAUAACAACACGUAUGCUAUUGACGAGCAGUUUAUGUUAGGCCCGGCCCUACUUGUGUCGCCUUUCCUCUAUCAGAAUCAAACCCAAGUGAAGGCAUACCUCCCAAACACCGUAUGGUAUGACAUAUCAGGACACGGAUCCAAAGUGUCCCCAACGGGUCAUGUGGUCAUCGACGACAACAAACACGGCAUUCCGCCCAUACAUGUGAGGGGCGGCUAUAUUAUACCGAUGAGCACAGAGUAUCCGCACGUCAACACUCAGAUCAUACGGAAUGGUAGCAUACAUUUGCUGGUAUUGCCGGAUGGCAAGCAUACCGGUGCCGGUGACCUGUUUUGGGACGAUGGCGAUGGCAUCGACACCAUCGAGAGAUCUCAAUAUAAUUACUAUACAUAUUCGGCACAAACGGUGAUCCCGUGUCCGCAACAUUGGAUGGAAAGCCUGUUUCAGAUGUACUCGUCUUUCAGAAAGUGA